CCUCUCCCUUCCAUUUGUCUUCUAGGACCCAAGCCCAGAGGGUUCGGAAACCACGUUGCUGCACUGGCCCACAGGGGCUGCUUCCUCGAUAUUCUGAGAGCCAGGCAGAAGGACAGGAGCAGCUCUUCAAGCUGACAGACAACAUCCAAGAUGAGUUCUUCAUAGCCGUGGAGAACAUGGACAGCUACUGUGUGCUCAUCUCAUCCAAGGCCGUGUACUUCCUGAAGAGUGGGGACUACGUAGACCGAGAGGCCAUUUUCCUCGAGGUCAAAUAUGACGACCUCUACCACUGCCUUGUCUCCAAAGACCAUGGGAAGGUGUAUGUGCAGGUGACCAAGAAAGCUGCCAACUCCAGCAGCGGCGUGUCCAUCCCAGGCCCGUCCCACCAGAAGCCAAUGGUGCAUGUGAAAUCGGAGGUCCUUGCUGUCAAGUUAUCACAAGAAAUUAACUAUGCAAAGAGCCUCUACUAUGAACAGCAGCUCAUGUUAAGACUCAGUGAGAAUCAAGAGCAGUUGGAGCUGGACUCCUGAGGACACCCGGCUGCUGGAGAGGAAUGCUCCAGACGAAAGCCCAGCCAGGAUGGCGGACGCCCAGACUCACAUUAAGGGGAGCCAGAAGAGGGUUUAGGGGGAGAUAUCAAGGAACAAGGGAAAAGAAAUUUUCACAGGGAAGAAUGUAAACAGAAACCAUAUUAGUUUGUGGGGCAGGGAGUUACUUUAGAUUAUGGGGAAAUAAUUUUUAAUAGUAUUGAUUGAAUAACGUUAAAAAGUGUAUUAAGAUGGAUCUAAUUUUUAGAAUGCCCUGUAUUUUGUUAACGUGUAUAUAUGUACAACUGUGUGUUUGUAAAUACAUAGAAGCUGCCAAGCAGGGCUGUGCUGUGUGUGAAGAUCUGUUAUCUGUACAGUAAUGUAAAAUUGGACUGGGUCUUCUGUCACUCUAACUACACGGCUCCUGCAGGGGGUCCACAUGGAAGGGUGUUUCUGGAGGUUGAAGGGUGCAUUGUGUGAGUUGCAAAUUCAGUCAGUGUUCAAGGGCGAGCCUCCAGUCGCCUUGAUGGGAGCAGAAGCAGACACCAUGGAGAGGACUAGAGAGCGGCAUGGCGCCCAUCCUUGUUCUCUCCUGUGUUACGGGAAGGUCUAAAACUCUCAGGCAAUUCUCUAGUUUGUAUCUCUUGGCUUUCUCUUGCCACUCCAACCAACGGGGAGGUAAAAUGGUCACUUGCUGAGUGUGUGCCCACACAUAGCAGCCAUCAGGUUUCCUCAUGCAGUUCGUGUUUAGAGAAGUUUGAAUCAUUGGUGGGCUCCCUUGACAUAAGUGAAAAAAAUGCACUUCCCACUGUGUUCUUUUUAAUAAAACUACAUGCUGAUGUCACAGCACCAUGGCCUCCUGGGAACAGCAUAAGGAGGGAGAGAGAGCUCCAGAAAAGGGUGUGAACUGUGAGGACUGAAGGGGUAAGCAUGGGAGCUUGGCACCAGGUCUUGGCCAAAGCCUGUCUUGUCCUUGGUUCUAUCCUGAAGUCUGGUAUGGGGGCUGUGGGCUUCCUGGGUCUUACUUUUGGUGUUUAUCUUUUGUAGAAGAAGUAAGCAAAUAGGAGUCAGAGGAGGGUGGGCCUUACCUCUCACUAGAAUCAAACCUUACAGUUUUGGUGGGAGUUUUUGUUUUGUUUUGCUUGUUUGUUUUUUUUAAUAAAGCUAGCCAAUUUCUACAAUCUUGUCACAUAUGUAGCAGAGAUCCAGCGUGACCCAGUGGAUAUGCAGAAGGUUUUGGUGUUUGUCGUUCUCAUCCUUCCAGGACACAAAUGCAGCCCAUCUGUUCUCCUCCUCAAUCCCCCUGUGCAAGUGUGUGCCUGUGAACGUAUGUGUGCGUGUGCCCGCCAUGGCGCGUCACCGUCCUUAGGUAAGGGCAGUCCUGAAGGAGCGCUUUAGCUACAUAGUGUUUUCAAGGAUCUGUCUUCUUGAACGCCAAAUUUGCCAUCUUCCCUGAACUGGACUUGACUUUUGUGGGUUGGGUCUUUGGUUGGCGAUUCAUUGCUCCCUGGGGAGGGCAGGAUGGUGUCAAUGCCCUUGCUGGAGACUCAGUCUGAGGGGGAGGGGCUAUCUCCUGACAGACUUCCUCACCAGGCUGGACACUGACACCCACACAAGUCCAGACUGUGGUCUUGCUAUCAGUAACUCACUGCCUGAGAUCUUGGUCUCUUACAGAGGAGGCUUCAGGAGCCUUGUCAAUGUGUGUCCCCUGCCACUUGCUGGGACAGUCACUGGUGUUGCUGGGGGAAGUCUGCCCUGGGCCCCUUAAACUCAGUUUCUCAGUCUGCAGCUGGUGCUUCAGGAGGUCCCAGGGACAGACACUCUCCCCUGGUUCCUUUCUAAUUUAUCAGCUCUAAAUAACUGUGAUGGCGUACCUCCUCCUUGUGAUACUUAGCCUUAGAAGGAGCAGACAUUAAAUGGGGUUUGGGGACCAGAUGGGGUGGGGCUGCAGGGGGAAGGGAGACCGGCUUUGAGUUCUUAGCUCUCCUGGCCCUCCAGCCCUGAUGCCAGACCUGGGGAAAUUUCUGGGGGUUUUCACCAUUGCUUCCUGGCUUGCCAGGACAGAGUCCAAGGCUUCAGAAGAAACAGGUCUUGCCAUGGUUCCUGUUUCCUCCUAGGUUGGUACUUAGCCAUGGUGCCAGAAACUUGCCUGGGACAAUUUCACACUGCCUCAAAUACAGUUAUUUGGGAAGAAGUUAGCAGACAAGGGAAGCUGGAUAAAGAGACAUCAGAAGCCGCCCCAGUUCCUAGAUCCCAUCAGAAAGCCAGCAGGAGAGCGUCCCCGCCCCAGGCCUACAUGAAAGGGGCAGAGAGGUAGCCUCUUGUGGAUGCUCAUCCCACCUCAGUGUUCAAAAGGGUCCAGGGCCACUUUGUGUUCAAGUGUCAUUUGUGCCUCAAAAUAAAUAAAUAAAUAAAUAAAUAGCAUCAUAGUUGAUCAGUGGAUGGGGAAUAAAAUACCUUGUUCUUCACAAUGUAAACACAGACUGUGCAGCCAACCUGCAUACCAAAGAGUUGGCACUGUUCUUCUGUGAAAUAAAAUGCAUUGUUGACUUCC